AUGGCUUCAUCUAAUGGUUUUUUUUACCACUUAACCUAUUUUCUGGCUGCUGGUGCUGUUAGUUUAGGAAUUGGUUUCUUCGCUUUGGCAUCAGCUUUGUGGUUCCUGAUUUGCAAAAGAAGCCUGAACUUUGAUGGUGCAAGAAUGAAAGCAGAGAAACAACAAAGGAAAAAAGAAGCAGAACAUGUAAAAGCAAUUGAAAAUCACCCUAAAGAUGAACUCCACCAAACAACAAAAAACAUCUGCAACCACCCAGAGACUAGCUCAGCAACCAUCUGCAGCAGCGUUGCAGUAAGCUUAUCAACUUUACCAUCGAAUUCGAAUUCUUAUUGUAGCCAAAGCCUAGAAGCAGCUGAUGACUGGUUUUCUGAUGAUUCUCUAGCAAAAAGGAAUUCUCCAAAGUCUUUACUCACAGAACCUCUUGUGGAAAAAGUCUUUUCAUACUUGUCAACCAUUUCAUUAGAAGAAUAUACUGGAAAUGUAGGGGACACAAUACUUUAUGAUAAUCGAAAUGAUGGCCACAUUAAGGAAAUAUUUGCAGGAAGAAACACAGAGGUCAAUAUAUAAAACUUAACCUAAUGUGGAAUGAUACAUUUUCUCUUUUGAA